UAUGGUCAAUAGAAUUUCUGGUAUUCGCACCUUUCGAUUUCAAUUGUCGAUUUUGCGGCGAUAACGAUUUCGCUUUCGCUCCAUCGGAUUGUGUUUCUGGUCCGAGCUGCAACAGGUGCGCGGCAGCCAUGGCCAGAGCAGCUUGCUCUCACAUUAUUCCGGCUCUGCUCCUCCCCUCCAAAUCCUCCUUCUUCGGAACUCCCUCUCUAUUCUCCAGAGCCUCUCAUUUCGACCGUGUUAUGGUGGUUGGGCGACGCUUUUCUUCUGCGUCCAAGAUUAGCAUGAGCCUCAGAGCCGGCAUUGUUGGCCUCCCAAACGUUGGAAAAUCCACUCUCUUCAAUGCCGUUGUUGAAAACGGUAAGGCCCAAGCUGCUAAUUUUCCUUUUUGUACAAUAGAACCAAACGUAGGAAUAGUUGCUGUUCCAGAUCCUCGUCUCCAUAAACUUUCUGACCUCAGCAAGUCUCAACGAGCGGUCCCAGCAUCAAUAGAAUUUGUAGAUAUUGCUGGGUUAGUAAAAGGCGCCAGUCAAGGAGAGGGAUUGGGAAAUAAAUUUUUAUCCCAUAUUCGUGAGGUGGACUCAAUACUUCAGGUUGUCCGCUGUUUUGAGGAUAAUGACAUUGUUCAUGUCAAUGGGAAAAUUGAUCCAAAAGCUGAUAUUGAUGUGAUUAACUUAGAGCUUGUUUUUUCAGAUUUGGACCAGAUUGAGAAAAGAUUAGAGAAGCUCAAGAAAGGCAAAGCAAGGGAUUCACAAUCUAAAGUCAAGGAGGAAGCAGAGAAAUCUGCAUUGGAAAAAAUUCAGAAGGUCCUUAUGGAUGGAAAGCCAGCGCGAUCAGUAACUUUGACAGAUUUUGAAAAGGAUGCUAUAAAGCAUCUUUGCCUGCUCACAGUGAAACCAGUUAUAUAUGUGGCCAAUGUUGCAGAAUCUGAUCUUGCGGAACCUGCAAGUAAUCCUCAUGUUAAAGAAGUUAUGACUCUUGCAUCAGAGUUGCAAUCCGGAAUAGUAACAGUUUCUGCACAGGUUGAGUCAGAGCUCUCAGAACUUCCAUCCGAAGAGAGGUUUGAGUAUUUAAAAUCUCUUGGUGUAAGUGAAAGUGGCCUUGGAAAUCUUAUCAGGGCAACCUAUAACCUUUUGGGACUCCGUACAUAUUUUACUUCGGGCGAAAAGGAAACAAAAGCCUGGACCAUACUUUCAGGAAUGACUGCACCACAAGCUGCUGGAGUCAUUCACUCCGACUUUGAGAGAGGGUUCAUCCGUGCAGAGACGGUGGCCUAUGAUGACUUUGUUGCUGCGGGUUCAUUUGCAGCCGCAAGGGAGAAAGGACUUUUGAGAGCUGAGGGAAAAGAAUAUAUUGUCCAGGAAGGGGAUAUCAUGCUCUUUCGUUUCAAUGUUUAGCGGUUUCAGAGUUUGACCAAGGUGUCCGAGAGGCGGAAAAUGAAGUGAUUUUUCUUCAUGCAAAGUCAGUUGAAGACUCGAAGUCAAUUUCUUAUGUGAUGUUUUUGGGAAUCCUCAUUGUUUCAGUUCGUCUUUGUUGAUCUAUGGCAGCCAAGUAUGAGUUUACAAUUUUGAAUGUAGAGUGCAUAGUUCAGUACAUGAGAAGAUAGUAAUAGGCUACAAAAUGAAGAAUUACACACACAAAAUGGCAGGGUAAUUGGUUGGCGGUGGGAAGGGGAUCUGUAACCGGUGGUAUUAAAUCAAUUAUUUAUGAGCAUUUAUUUUUUCUUUCUUCUA